GGGCGGAGCCUGUAGAUGAUUGACAGGCGGAGGGAUUGACCUCACCAUCAUGCGAUAUGAAGUAACCGGAGAUAAAACGGGGACAUACAUCGAACCAUCGUCAUAAAACGCAUAUGAUUCACGGAAAAGUGAUUGGAGAAGCAGCUGGGUGUUUCUUCGCUCGAUGAUCAGAUUAUCUCCAGUUUAACUAAUGCUUUCGUGCUAAUACCUUAAAGAGCUGCUUUGUUGUAUCUGAUGUAAGUAAAUGCUCAGUUCUAAGUUCUCCAAAGGCUCCAGAAGUGUGUUUUCGGAACAGAGAAUGUUCGAGACUAGAGGAAUCUUCAGUGUUUGUGUGGACGUCAGCUGCGUGCUGCUCGCUGGACUUCCAUUUGCGAUAUUGAAUAUUCAGCACACGCCAUUCAAAAGAGGCUUUUUUUGCAGCGAUGACUCCAUCAGGUACCCCUUUAAAGAAGAUACCAUAUCCUACCAGUUACUGAUGGGGAUAAUGAUUCCAUUCGCACUGUUGAUAAUAAUCUUCGGCGAGUGUUUGUCCUUGUAUCUGCGGUCCAGAGCUUCUUUCAGUUAUGAGUAUGUAGUGUGUGUGUAUAAGGCUGUAGGAUCGUUCGUGUUUGGAGCGGCGCUGAGUCAGUCUCUGACUGAUAUCGCCAAAUACACCAUCGGCCGACUGCGACCGCACUUUCUGACUGUGUGUAAACCGGACUGGAGCCUCACUGACUGUAAAUCCGGUUAUAUUGAGAACGUCACGUGCACAGGAGAUCCGGUCAUCAUCAAUGAAGGCCGGCUUUCCUUUUAUUCUGGUCACUCAUCAUUCUCCAUGUACUGUAUGCUGUUUCUUGCUCUGUAUCUCCAGUCUAGACUGAGAGCAGGUUGGGCUCGACUGGUUCUCCCGACUCUGCAGUUCUCUUUCAUCGCGGCGUCUCUGUACGUGGGUCUGUCGCGCGUCUCUGAUUAUAAACACCACUGGAGCGAUGUUCUCACUGGAUUCGUUCAGGGAGCCGCCGUGGCACUGUUUACUGUGUUCUUUGUAUCGGAUCUGUUCAGCGGCAAACGCACGUCAGAUAAAGGCGAGGAGAUCUCGCACACGAGUCUGCAGGAGACGUCAGAUCCGCCGAACCACUACAGCAGCACUGAAUAACAUGCAAUCCUUUCCACAACUGAUUCACUUCAUUUUUAUAAUAUUACUUGGGAAAAAUGCCAUUUUUCAGAAGAAUAAAAUGUGCAACAAUACUCACUCUG